GCUGUUGGAACGCGCUGCAAUGAGGAGUUCCGACCGUAGCAGAACGAUUGCUGCUGCUGGUGUUCUGGGUGCACUGGUGCAUGGCUAUGAUACAUCUUUUACUUCUCCUAGCACGUUGCAGGCUCAUAUCCCACGUACUCAGGCACAGAGUGGUGCGCGCUCAAGUGGCCUUGGAGUGAUGGGUGCCGGCGCCGUGGCUGCCUGUGCAGCUACUGCUGCUGCUGUUGUCAGGCCAGGGCGACCUGCCAAAGGCAGCCCUGGUAGGCAUGUGGGCAGGACUGCAGCAUCUGCACUCAACCCAGACAACUUCAGCGAUGUUUGCGAUCAGACUGGUGUCACCCUGAAUCGCUACAUGAUUGAGGCAAACCGACAAGGGGUUGUGGACACUGACAUCCUUUCGGUCAUGAACUCUAUCCGGGAGGCCACAAAAGUCAUCUCUAAGCUGGUGAAUACUGCUCCGUUGGCACAGGCUGAACUUUUGGGCCUGGAAGGUGCAAUCAAUGUGCAGGGCGAGGACCAGAAAAAGUUGGAUGUCAUCACAAACGAUGUCUUGAAGAAGGCCCUCCGAUACACAGGGAAGCUGGGCACGAUGGCAUCUGAGGAGGAAGACAUGCCCGUAAGCGCGGCUUUGUCUCUGGAUCUGGAGACCACAGCUUCGGGCACAGUCUUAUCUGACACUGGAAAGUAUGUGUGCGUGUUUGACCCGCUGGAUGGAAGCAGCAAUGUAGAUGCUGGCAUUGCCGUCGGCACCAUUUUUGGAAUUUUCAAGGAAUCUGAGGAGUCCAAUGCAGUUUGUGACCUUCCAGCAAACAUCAAGGAUCUAGAUGGUGAUCAAGUAUCCUGCCUUGCAGCAACUUUGCAGCCUGGCAAGGCUCUGGUCGCUGCUGGCUAUGUACUCUACAGUUGCUCCACAGAAUUGGUAUUCACCUUGGGAAGGGGUGUUGUCGGCUUCACUUUGGACAGCUCUAUUGGCGAGUAUGUGCUGACCCGUCCAAGCAUUGAGAUUCCAAGUCGUGGAAAAAUCUAUUCCUGCAAUGAGGCCAACAUGGAAAACUGGGACGAGCCCUUCCAACAGUACAUCAAAGACCUGGGCUGCUUUGUCCUGUGCAGAGACAAUAGUAGUUGUGAAUCGCGAACAUUGAACUCUGAAAAAGUUGCUAAAACUCAUGGCUAUGCAUGA